UUCCAAGAGAUAACAGUUGCCUUUGUCAUGGGAGCUUUGUUCUGACCAUUUAUCUGCUGCCCAUUGCCACCCUAGACAAUGGAACCAGGAGAGGGAAAUUUAUAGCGCGGCGUAAGUAAGGGAAGACUAUCUACGUUAAAAUGACACCAGCUUGACAGUUUACAUCGGUCAUCGGUAUGUUUACCUUUAAAAUUUUAAUGCCCUGCACAUCACACAACAGACAUGUAAAGGGGAAAGACACUUGCCGCGGCUCAGAGGAAACUGUACGCAGACUCUCCUGCCUUCCUAUAGGGUGAUGCGCCAAAAAUGUUUUCAUUACGCGGAAAGUCAUUUGCAUUUGAUGGAUUUCCUGACCCAUCUGACACUUGGGAAAUUGUAGAAACUAUUGGAAAGGGAACAUUUGGUAAAGUGUUUAAAGUGUUGAAUAAGAAAAAUGGGAGCAAGGCUGCUGUGAAAAUCCUGGAUCCAUUUCAUGAAGAUAUUGAUGAAGAAAUUGAAGCAGAAUAUAACAUACUGAAGGCUUUGUCUGAUCAUCCAAAUGUUGUCAAGUUCUUUGGAAUGUAUUUCAAGAAAGACAUAAAAACGGGAGAUCAGUUAUGGCUGGUUUUGGAGUUGUGCAAUGGCGGAUCUGUCACUGAUUUGGCAAAAGGACUCCUGAAAAGAGGUGAAAGAAUGAAUGAAACUAUCAUUGCAUACAUCCUACAUGAAGCUCUUAUGGGACUACAACACUUGCACAGCCAUAAGACAAUUCACCGUGAUGUUAAGGGAAACAAUAUUCUACUCACUACAGAUGGAGGUGUCAAACUGGUGGACUUUGGUGUAUCAGCCCAACUGUCAAACACCCGUCUCCAUCGGAACACGUCUGUAGGAACUCCAUUUUGGAUGGCGCCUGAGGUGAUCGCAUGUGAACAGCAAGUAGAUACAACAUAUGAUGCACGCUGUGAUGUCUGGUCUUUAGGUAUUACAGCCAUAGAGCUCAGUGAUGGUGAUCCUCCACUGGCUGACUUGCAUCCAAUGAGAGCUCUUUUUAAAAUUCCUAGGAACCCACCACCGACCCUACGUCAGCCAGAACUGUGGUCACCAGAUCUUAAUGACUUUAUCAGCAAGUGCCUCACAAAAGACUUUGAGAAACGUCCCACAGUGUGUGAUCUUUUGGAACAUGCAUUUAUUAGGCAAAUUAGACAUAACGAAAGAGCACUUCAAAAGCAGCUAAUGGAAUUCAUAGACAUCCACCAGCAAAUGGGAAUAUUGGAGAAAAAAAGGCAUGAGCGCAUUCAUACAAAAAAGGGGAUUUUCCGAGAGUCUAUGACACCCAACCAGAAUGAUGUGGAUGAUCUGGCAGUCUUGGAAGUUCUAGAUGAGAAUUCUGUAACAGAACAGCUACAAAAUCGCUACAACAGGGAUCAGAUAUAUACUUAUGUUGGGGACAUUCUUGUUGCCGUUAAUCCGUUCCGAAGUUUAGAUCUGUAUUCACCCCAGCAUGAACAGGCGUACAUAGGAGGAAAGAGGACAGCCAACCCUCCGCACAUCUAUGCUGUAGCUGAUAUAGCUUAUCAAUCUAUGGUCACUUACAAAUCAGAUCAGUGCAUAGUUAUUUCUGGAGAAAGCGGGGCAGGGAAGACAGAAGGAGCUCAUCUCUUAGUCCAGCAACUCACUGUACUUGGAAAGGCAAACAACAGGACAUUACAGGAGAAGAUCUUACAGGUGAAUAACCUGGUUGAAGCCUUCGGAAAUGCCUGCACUAUCAUUAAUGAGAAUUCAAGUCGCUUUGGGAAAUACUUAGAAAUGAAAUUUACUAAGAAUGGCACAGUGGUAGCAGCACAGAUUUCAGAGUACCUGCUGGAGAAGUCCAGGGUUGUCCACCAAGCUAUAGGAGAGAAGAAUUUUCACAUUUUUUAUUAUAUUUAUGCGGGCUUGUCAGAGAAGAAAAAACUUGCCCAUUAUAAAUUGCCAGAAAACAAGCCUCCCAGGUACCUGCAAAACGAGCAUAUUAAAAUGGUACAAGAUUUUAUGAAUAACACAUUCUAUAAAACUCAGUUUGACUUAAUUGAGCAAUGUUUCAAGGUAAUAGGCUUUACAAUGGAGGAGCUAGGAAGUGUGUACAGCAUUCUUGCCUCUAUUCUAAAUGUGGGGAACAUUGACUUCACUUCAGUGGCUUCAGAGCACCAGAUAGACAAAAGCAACAUUGCCAACCCAUCAGUACUUGAAAACUCUGCCUCUUUGCUUUGUAUCCAAGCGGAUGAACUACGAGAUGCUCUAACCUCUCACUGCGUGGUGGCACGGGGGGAAACCAUAAUCCGCCAGAACACAGUGGAAAAAGCAGCAGACGUCAGAGAUGCCAUGUCUAAAGCCCUAUAUGGGCGUCUCUUCAGCUGGAUAGUGAACCGAAUCAAUACUUUACUGAAGCCAAACACAGAAUUCAGCGAGGAUGACACUGGAUACAGCAUUGGGAUUCUGGAUAUCUUCGGUUUUGAGAAUUUCAAAAAGAAUUCCUUUGAACAACUCUGCAUUAACAUUGCAAAUGAACAAAUACAGUUUUACUUCAAUCAACACAUAUUUGCCUGGGAGCAGAAUGAAUAUUUAAAUGAAGAUGUUGACGCAAGAUUAAUUGAGUAUGAAGACAACAGACCCCUCCUGGACAUGUUCUUACAGAAGCCAAUGGGGCUACUUUCUCUGCUGGAUGAGGAAAUUAGAUUCCCUAGAGCAACUGAUCAGACCCUUGUAGAAAAGUUUGAAGGUAACCUCAAAUCAAAGUAUUUCUGGAGACCAAAGAGAGUUGACCUAACAUUUGGAAUUCAUCACUAUGCAGGAAAGGUCCUCUACAAUGCCAGUGGCUUCCUGGAAAAAAACCGAGACACUUUACCUGCGGAUAUUGUGCUUCUUCUAAGGUCAUCGGAGAACAACCUUAUCCGUAUAUUGGUAACUAAUCCACUAACAAAAACAGGGAAUCUUGCACAUACGAAAACAAAGUCGAGAAUGAAUUCGCAGUCAUGGUCCAAGAGCAAAACGUCCAGUCGCAGUCAGCCGGAUAUCUUAAUGUUGUACAAUACUUUUUACUUCAGUGAGGGUGAUUUUGGAGAUUCCCAUCAUCCUAGAGAGACUACAAACAUGAAAACUCAGACCGUGGCUUCAUAUUUUAGGUAUUCCUUAAUGGAUUUACUAUCAAAAAUGGUGGCUGGCCAGCCUCACUUUGUGCGGUGCAUCAAACCAAAUAAUGACCGUCUACCAAGCAAGUUUGAUCGGGAGAAAGUGUUGGUGCAGCUUCGGUAUACUGGGAUUUUAGAGACUGCGAGAAUCCGCCGGCAGGGCUUUUCGCAUCGCAUUCUUUUUGCUAACUUUAUCAAGAGAUAUUAUCUGAUCAGCUUUAAGUCUCAUGAAGAUCCUCCAGUCAGUCCAGAAUGUUGUUCAGCCAUACUAGAAAAGGCAAACCUAGACCACUGGGUAUUAGGAAAGACGAAGGUUUUCCUUAAAUACUACCAUGUUGAACAGUUGGACCGUAUGAUAAAGAGCAUAGUGAACAGAAUCGUAGUUCUACAGGCCUGUGUCAAAGGGUGGCUGGGAGCCAAGAGAUACCAAAAACUGAAGCAGAAGAGAGAGGAAAGUGCUGUGAAAAUACAGUCAGUUUAUAGGGGUCAUGCUAUCCGCAAAGAGCUACAUAGCAAAACAGAAAUGGAAAACCUAAUCACAAAGUUUCAAGCACGUGCCAGAGGAUACCUAGUGAGAAAGAAAGUGAAUGAUAUGCGUAAAAAGGAGAGUGAUGCUGCGGUUACAAUCCAAUCUCAUUACCGUGGGUUUAAAGAUAGGAGGAGCUUUGAAAGGAAAAAGGAAUCACUGAAGAGAAAGCAAUGUACAGACACAAAUGAUACUCCAACAAAUGAUCCUCCAGAAGAGAAAGUAGAGAUCAAGGAUCCUAAGAAUGAAAAAAGUGAAGAGGAUGCCGCUGUUGUCCUCCAAAGCCAUUUUAGAGGCCACCAACAGAGGAAGCAAAUAAAAGCUGAACGCCAACAAAUUCAAGAACAGAACAAUUUAAAUUUAGAAAUAGGCAAUUCAGUUCUUCCUAAAGAAGAAACUAUUGAGCAGGAAAGUAAACAAAAUGAUGUGGAGAAAAGUAACGAGGAAGAAGACAAAGCUGCCUUAGUCAUCCAGAGCAACUACCGUGGCCAUCGAGACAGAAAAAGAAUUCAGGAAGAGAGACAGAAAAAUGCAACCGAAAAAACAGCCCAAUCAUCCAACAGUCAACCCCAGAACCAUUCUGUAGAUGUGAAAGUACAAAAUUCAGAUGUUGAGAAAAGUAAUGAAGAAGAAGAUAAAGCUGCCUUAGUCAUCCAGAGCAACUACCGUGGCCACCGAGACAGAAAGAAACUUCAAGAAGAGAGACAGAAAAAUACAACCCAAAAAACAACUCAAUCAUCCAACAGUCAACCCCAGAACCAGAACCAUUCUGUAGAUGUGAAUGUCCAAAAUAAUCGCCACUCAGAGGUUGGCCAUAAAAUAUCUCAGAGCAAUGGAGAGCCCAAUGGAAACAGUAAAAAACAUCCGGAAACCCAAGAUGAUGAAGCAAAGGCGGCAGUGGUAAUACAAAGUAACUAUCGAGGGUGCAAAGAACGGGAGAGACUAAAGAAAGAAGGAAAACUACAAAAUAAAACCAACACAGAGCCCAAGGAAGGAAACAACAGGAAAAAGAAUGCAUUAAAGGAUAUUGAAGAUCUUGCAUUCUUCACAGAGCAGAUCUCAAAGCUAUCUGAGAACUAUUUAAAAUUACAGCAAAAGCUGAAUGAUAUUAUUCUGACCACUGACCUGAACCCUGAAAGUACUGCAAAUUUUUUGAGAGAAAGGACCAUGAGGGAGAAUGUUCUCCAUCAAAAUGGAAAUGAUGAUAUCAAACCACAAAGAACUCAGAGGAGGCAGAAACCAAAGACACUAAACAGCCCUGAUGACUCCACCUACUACAGUAUGCUGCAUUUGCCCUAUGUAGAUGAAAAGAGAAAACCAAGAAAAGAAAGUCAAGGCAAAACACUGGAAUCAGAAGAUUAUUAUAACGAAAUUUAUUCCAACCACUCAGUGUCAAUAAAUAAGCCCAAAACAUAUGAUGGGUUUUCUGCUAUGGAGUUUUCCAUCCUAGUUCCAAAUGAAAGACCUUCCAUUGCAGAUGGAUCCCAGCAAGAGAAUGUAAUGGAUGAUAACCCAUACGACUACAGAAAACUGCUUCGGAAAACAUCUCAGCGUGAACGCCUUAUCCAUCAUUUUUAAGAGAGAUUUUUUUUUUUUUAUUGAUUGUUAUUGCUAAAACGUUGAAACAUUUUUAGCACAUAUUCAAUUUCUUUUCACUAUAAAUAUCUUUUUGUUAAAUAGCGAUAAAUUCUAUUUUAUCUUUAGCUAUGCAAUAUUACAUUUAUAUACUGUGUGUUUUUCCUUUUUUUUAUAUAUAUAUAAAAGUGUAGUUUUCUACAGAUUUUUUUCAAGAUCAGUGCUGUAUAAUAUUUUAUAAGAAUUGUGCUAUGACUAUUUAUGCCAUCAAUUUGUUUUCAGUUGUCUAAAAUGUACCUAUUAAAGCAAAAAUAA